UCUUGUUAAUGUUAUAUUAUUUUUGUAGUUGUAGUAGAUAACCCACCAUUCAUACACCUUCAAUAUAUGCGAUGGAUUCAUAUGGAAUGAAAUCUCUUUUGAAGGAUGACCACUUACUUAAUAGACCAACAACAGCUGGUGUAAAAUACAAUUCAAGUACUGCAACACGCAAACGUCCACUAACAGCUAGUCCAAAUCGUAGUGCACCACCUUGGGUAAAUCCAAAUGCUCCAAAAACUGUCCCCAUGAAGAAAUUCCAUGUUUCGCUUAAUCACCAAUCUUCAGAAACACGGCUUAGUAAGAGGGCACCAUUUGCACCAAGGAUCAAUGCUGGUCCAAAAAUUUGGGAUCAACCUAAAGUUGUAAAUGGAAAAGUACUAACAGCGCCAGAAUAUAAUUCUUUGGAGGAUCCACAUUUAGGAGCUUACUUUGCAAGAAAGAUGGGGGUAAAACCACGUUUAUCUGAUGGAAACAAUACAAAGAAAAAGAAGCAAAGAGAGAAAGCUUCAAGAAUCAUAUACAACAUCACUGUUAUAACUGGAGAUCGUAAGAAUGCAAACACAGAUGCAAGGGUUUUUGUUCAACUUCGUGGUACUAAAGGUAAAAUCACAAAACAACAACUAACAAAAAAGCCUGAUGAAGAUGACAUAAACAUGGACGUUGAAACGCCUGGUGCAUUUAUGUUUAAAAAAGCAUCGAGUGAAUCGUUUUCCAUAAGAUCUCCAGAUAUAGGGGAUUUGAUAGCUUUGGAAAUAGAACAUGAUGGAAUUGAUAGAAAGCAAGGAUGGUAUCUAGAGGAAGUCAUGGUAAAAAAUCAAAAAACUAAAAAAUCAUGGAUCUUCCCUUGCCAAUCAUGGUUAUCCUUGUAUGAAAGUGAUUGCCAAGUUAAACGAAUUUUAAAGCCUGCUUCUGACGACCAGAGACCAGAACGUGUUGUGUACGAAGUUGAAGUUGUCACAGGAAAUGAACGAGGGGCUGGUACUGACGCACAUGUUUUUCUCACAAUGUAUGGCGAUCGAGGUAACACCCGUAGAGUCCAGCUAGUUAACAGAAACAUCAAUACUUUUGAACGUGGGCAAACAGAUUUAUUUAAAAUUAAAGUGAAGUAUUUGGGCAAGAUUCAGAGAAUUAUGAUUGAUCAUGACAACACUGGAUUUGCUCCUGGAUGGUUUCUAGAUCGCGUUAUAGUGACCAAUACACAUGAACGAAAAGACAAAUGGUAUUUUUUAUGUAACAAUUGGUUAUCAAAAGAUGAUGGUGAUGGACAGAUUUCUCGACUGUUGCUUGGUACGAAAAGUCUUGACAAUGUUCAAAGUGCUCACAAAUAUGUUAUAUCUACGCAUACUGGUGAUGUGAGAGGUGCUGGAACUGAUGCUAAUGUUUACAUUACAUUAUUCAGCAAAAAUGGUAGCUCGACAGAAAUGAAGCUUAACGACUCAAAGAAUAAUUUUGAGAGAAAAAAGAUCGACACAUUUAAUGUUGAGAGUGCAAAUAUUGGUCCUUUGACUCGAGUGAGAAUUCGUCAUGACAACAAAGGUGUAGCAGCAGGUUGGUUUCUAGAAAAGGUUGUGAUAAGAGAUGGCGAAAAACAAACUUAUGAAUUUCCAUGCGGUCGCUGGUUGUCUGAAUCAGAAGAUGAUGGACAAAUAUCUAGGGACUUGAUAGUUAUGAAUGGUGAUAGUGACUUUAUGCCAGGUCUACCUUACAUUAUUAACAUCACAACUGGUGAUAUCAGGGGUGCUGGCACCAGUGCUAAAGUUUAUGUAAUCCUAUAUGGUGGCAAGGAUGGUGAUUUAAACAGUGGAAAAUUAUGGAUAAGAAACGGCAGCAAAGAUAAUUUUGAACGUGGGCGUACAGAUAUAUUUAAUGUAGAAUGUGCCGAAGAGUUAAGUCCAAUCCAUCAUGUAACUAUUGGUCAUGAUAAUUCUGGUGUCGGAGCAGGAUGGUACCUUGAAAAAGCUGUUAUUGAUGCUCCUACAACUGGAAUUGAGCAAACAUUUUUUUGUCGGCAGUGGUUAGCUGAUGAUGAGGGGGAUAAAUUAAUUGAAAGAGAUCUGGUAGAAGAUAUUGAUUAUAGAAAGCAGCGUGAAGCAAAAAAUGUCUGGAAUGUUGCAGUUCACACUAGUGAUAUUCGUGGAGCUGGAACAGACGCAAAUGUAUUCAUGGUAUUGUAUGGUGACAAAGGGAAAAGUGAAGAAAUACUACUCCGAAACAAAACAGACAACUUUGAGCGUGGAAAUAUUGAUAAGUUGAAAGUAGAAAUUAAAGACGUUGGAUCACCUUACAAGCUUCGAAUUUGGCAUGAUAAUUCUAAGAUGUAUGCAGACUGGCAUUUGGAGAAGAUAUUUUUAGAGAACACUAUAACCAAUGAACGAUAUUCUUUUGAAUGCAACAGAUGGCUUGGUACUGGAGAAGACGAUGGCCAAUGUGUUCGAGAAUUAGCUGCUGUUGGAGGAACAUCUGAUCCACUACCAUUAAUACCAUACCAAGUCUCUGUACACACUGCUGACAAGCGUGGUGCUGGAACUGAUGCUAAUGUUUUUAUAAAUAUGUUUGGUGAGAGAGGUGAUACUGGUGACAGACCCUUACUCAAAUCAAGUACUAAUCGCAACAAAUUUGAACGUAAACAGAUUGAUGAAUUCAUAGUUGAAGCUGUUUCUCUUUCUGCAUUGGAAUCUAUUCGUAUUGGGCAUGAUGGAAAAAAUGCUGGUGCAGGAUGGUUUCUUGAUAAAGUGAUUGUUAAAGAUCCUAUUACUAAUGAGAAUUAUCCCUUCUUAUGCAAUCGGUGGCUUGCUUCUGAUGAAGAUGAUGGACAAAUUGUUCGAGAGAUUCCUGUUGGAGACACUGCAACAUUACUAAAAACUACUUCUUACCAUGUUGGUGUCAAAACCGGUGACCUUCGAGGUGCUGGAACGGAUGCUAACGUUUACUUGAUCUUGUUUGGUGAUAAGUCUGAUACUGGUAAACUGCAGUUGAGACAAGCAGAAAACACAAAAGAUAAAUGGGAGAGAGGUCGCACCGAUAUGUUUACACUAGAAGCUAUGGAUAUUGGCAAGGUGAAAAAAGUUAUUAUUGGUCAUGAUGGAAAAGGUUUUGGUGCUGGCUGGUUUUUGGAUUCUGUAACUGUUGAUGUACCAUCACAUGGACAGCAAUUGAAAUUUGCAUGUAACAGAUGGCUUGCUUCUGAUGAAGAUGAUGGUUUGAUUGAACGGGAAUUAUAUCCAAGUGAAGAAAUAGAAAUGUCAAAAAAAGUGCCAUAUGAAAUUGAGGUCCACACUGGUGACGUUCGUGGAGCUGGAACAGACGCUAAUGUUUUUGUUGUGCUUUAUGGAAAAGAAGGGAAAUCUGAAGAAUUCUGGUUACGCAGUAAAACAGAUAACUUUGAAAGGAACGAAGUUGAUAAAUUUAAGAUUGAAAGUGAUGAGAUUGGAUUGUUGACAAAACUUCGAGUUGGUCAUGACAAUGCUGGUAUGGGUGCAGCAUGGUUUUUAGACAAGAUCAUUGUAAGGCGUUUGAAACCUCCUAUGAAAAAGAAGAAGAAGGACUCUGCUCAAAAGAAAAAAUCAUUGAAGAAACAAAAAAGAACAGAUGAAGAACCUGAAGAAGAAGAAAUAGAAGAAGAUGAUUGUAAUUAUUUGUUUCCCUGCAAUCGUUGGUUUGCCAAAGGUGAAGAUGAUGGCCAGAUAGUCAGAGAGCUUGUUCCAUAUGAUAUGUCAGGGAAAAGACUUAGAAAAGACUCCCUAUCUGCAAGCACGUAUGAUGUGCAUGUCUUCACUGGUGAUAUGAGAGGUGGUGGAACAAACUCAAAUGUGUUCCUCACCAUCUAUGGUGAUCAAGGUGAUACUGGAGAAAGAGAGCUCAAAAAAUCUGAAACCCAUUUUGAUAAGUUUGAACGCAACCAGGAAGAUAUUUUUAAGAUUGAAGCGAUGAGUGUUGGUAAAAUAUCAAAAGUAAAAAUACGACAUGAUAAUUCUGGUCUUCAGUCGUCCUGGUAUCUUGAUAAAGUGGAAGUACACGACAAAGGGAAAAAUGCAGACUAUAUCUUUCCAUGCAACCGAUGGCUAUCCAAAACAGAAGACGAUGGAGCAUUAAGUCGAGAACUGGUGGCUGUCGAGCGCGCAGAAUUUGAACGAAGAUUGACGAGGUCACGUUCUCGUUCCCAAUCUUCAAAGUCAAUUUCUGGUGACAAUAUCGACUUGGAACAAAUGGCUGAGAAAACCACGUACAAUAUCAACGUUGAAACUGGAGAUGUAUCAGGAGCUGGCACAGAUGCGAAUGUUUACAUAUAUUUGUAUGGUGAAAAAGAAGACUCAGGAAAAAUCGAGCUCAAAACAUCAAAGUCGAAUCGCGACAAGUUCGAAAGAAAGCAGAUCGAUGUUUUUACAGCGGAAGCAGUGGACCUGGGAAACUUAAAAAAAAUUAGGAUUGGCCAUGACAACAAAGGUGGUUUUGCCGGAUGGUAUUUAGAUAACGUUGUUAUUGAUGCACCAUCAAUGGGUCGUAAGUGGACGUUUCCUGCUGGCAGGUGGUUGGAUAAGGGUAAGGAAGACGGUAAACUUGAAGUCGAUUUGUAUCCGUCAACGGACAGAGAAGAAGUUUACCAAAAACAUGUUCCUUAUGAAAUUGUGGUACACACAAGCGAUGUAUCGGGAGCUGGUACUGACAGUAAUGUAUAUAUUGCCUUAUAUGGUAUGGGAGGUGUCUGCACAGAAGAAACAUUUUUAACUGAUUCGAAAAAGAAAAGAAAAGGUUGUUUUAACAGAGGUUCAGUGGAUGUGUUUGUACGAGAGCUUCCUGAUGUUGGCGAUCAAAUCGAUAAAAUACGUGUUGGACACGACAACAAAGGCUUUGGUGCUGCUUGGCAUCUGGAUAAGGUAGAAGUUCGUCGGUUAACAGAGGCUGAAGACGGUGCAAAACAGGGUUGCGUCACGUUUACUUUUCCUUGUAAUCGAUGGCUAGCGAAAGGAGAGGAUGAUGGUGCUAUUGUGAGAGAGCUGGUACCUACGAAGAUAACUGAAGAGGCUGUAGAUAAAAGUGGAAAGGUUUCAACGUCGGAACACCGGAUCGAUGCUUUAGAAGUGCAUUCGUACAAGUUGCAUGUUUUUACUGGUGAUGUAAAGAAAGCUGGCACCGAUGCAAAUGUGUUUAUAACGUUGUUUGGUGAGCACGGUGACACAGGAGAAAGACAGCUUUCUAAGAGUGAAACACACCGGGAUAAAUUUGAACGUGGUCAGGAGGAUAUUUUCAACAUAGAAGCGGCUGAUUUAGGUUACAUACGAAAGUGCACGAUACGACACGAUAAUGCUAAUCUUGGUGCUGACUGGUUUCUGGAUCGUGUGGAAGUCGUUGAUGUGACAGAAAAUCAACGCAAGUUUGUUUUCAUGUGUGAGAGAUGGCUAGCUAAGAAAAAAGAUGACGGAAAGAUUAAAAGAUCAUUGUACGAGAAGACAUACGAGGGUGAUCGUAGCUCGACUCGCUCAUCCAGCAUGUCCUUAUAUGGUAGCAGUCAAUUUAAUUUCAGUACAAACAGUUUAAAUGGCGCUAUGACUCCACGUAAGUCUCACCCAAAUAGUCCACAAUCUGGGCGCAAAUCGAGCGUGAGUGUGAGAAGUAGUGCGGCUGAUGAAUAUUUUGAAAGUAAAAUGAAGGGAAAGAUGAAAAAAGCGCAUUCGAAGACUUCUCUUGGAGCAGCCUCAUCUCUCGGAAGUCUUUUAGAAACCAUCCCAUACACGGUGCGUGUAUCAACUGGCGAUAAGAGUGAACAUUCAACAGAUGCAAAAGUAUCCAUUGUUUUUAUCGGAACAGAUGGAGUAUCGGAGAAGAUACCACUCGAGUUGAUCGGUAAAGAAGGACGAUUCGAAGCUGGCUCUGUUGAAACGUUUUCAGUCGAAUCUAUUGAUGUUGGAGAAGUAAAGAAAAUUGAGCUUGGUCAUGAUGGUUAUCGUCCAAAAUGUAGUUGGUACGUCAAGAAUAUAGAGAUUGAUGUACCAACAACAGGAAGAAAGUAUUUCUUUCCGUGUGAAUGUUGGCUUGGUAAGGACAAAGAAGACGGCAAGACUGUUCGAAUGUUUUCUGUUGAUGAAAGCAAAGAUGUUAUGUAUAAACCAAAAAUACCAUAUCAAAUGACGAUCUACACUAGUGACGUGAAAAAUGCAGGAACAGACGCGGAAAUUCACAUGACGUUAUUUGGUACGGAAGGAGAAUCACAUGAUAUCAAGCUGGACAAAGAAGAAAGCAGAUUUGAAAGAAAUUCAGUGGAUGCGAUUAGAAUUGAUAUUGAUGACGUUGGCCAGCUCACAAAGUUAAGAAUUGGUCACGAUGGUAAAGGAAGCAGACCUGAUUGGUUCCUUGAAAAGGUUGUGUUACUGAACUUGAACACAGAAGAAGCUACCAUCUUUAAAUGUGGAGAGUGGUUAUCGAAGAAAGAAGGCGAUGGGAAAACAGUGAGAGAGUUAGCAGCUGAGGUUGAUGGACAGAAAGCAAUGGAAGAAACCACAUACACAGUAAAUGUGAGGACUGGGGACAAAAGAGGUGGUGGAACAGACGCUAAUGUGUUUUUGAUUAUUUUCGGUGAAAAUGGUAACUCUGGUGAACUCGCUCUGAAGGAGUCGUCAACUAAUAAAGAUAAAUUUGAGCGUGGUCACACUGACGUAUUUACGUUUAAUAUGCUAAGUCUAGGUCAGUUAUCUAAAAUCCGUAUUUGGCACGAUAACAAAUACAUGCGUUCGGGAUGGUUUCUAUCAGCAGUUGAUGUGACAGAUAGUGCAACAAAUGAGACAUAUACAUUUCCCUGCGAAAGAUGGUUAGCCAAGAGUGAAGAUGACGGGAGCUUAAUGCGAGAGUUGGCUUGUGCAAAUACUGAUCUUAGAGCAAAAUCAAAAGAAAGUCUGGCUGUUACAGGUUACGAGGUAACUUUUGUGGUAUCAGACAAGCCAAACGCUGGAACCGUUCACGAUGUCAUGCUUGUCCUCAUUGACGUCAAUGGAAAGAAAUCGAACGAAAUCUUAAUCGAAAACAAUAGCAAAACAAAGAAAAUUCUACGACGUGGUCAAACUGACACUGUUAAAAUUGCAUCCAAACCUUUAGGGGAGUUAAAAUCGGUUGUAAUAGCUCUUCAAAGAAGAAAGGCCACGGCUGUGAAGAACGAAGAGGGCACUAAUAAGUUCCAUCUUCAUGAAUUGAUUGUAAAAGAUUUGGAAGAAGAUACUAGUUAUGCAUUUACCUGUGACCAGUGGUUGAAUCUUGGUUCAUCAAAAGACAGUCAGCUACAAUUAGAAGUUUCCCAUGUUGAGAAAUCGAAAGUAGCAACUGUUAGAGAAUCAAAGCCAGUGCAAUACGAGAUCAAAGUCUACACAGCUGAUGUCCCACAUGCCGGCACCGAUGCAAAUGUGUCGAUGACAAUAUUUGGAGAAAAUGGCGACACUGGCGCAAGGGAAUUGAAAAAGAAAUUUCGUAAUUUGUUUGAGAAAGGCAACAUGGAUAACUUCAAGAUCGAAGCAUUAGACCUGGGAAAGCUUACUAAAAUAGAAAUAGGACAUGACAAUAAAGGCAUGGGUGCGAGUUGGAUGUUAGAUCGUGUCGAGGUAGUGAACACGAUGACAUCGAACUCAGUAACAUUUCCCUGUCAAGAAUGGUUUGACAAAAAGAAAGGCGAUAAAAAGAUUGUCAGAGAACUUUUUCCGGCAUCGUGAAAAAUAUACCAAGGGGAUAAUUUUUUCAGUUUUUUUCUUUCUAUCUAUUCUUUUGUAUUAGUUUAAAAGUGCGUCUUCAGACAGGCAAAAUAACUUCUUGUUUUGCCACUGAUCAGCACUGCGCUUGAUUUCGCCAUUUUGCGCUCGAUAUUUUAACCAGUAAGAUUACAUUUAAUUAUUUGUCGACUAUGUUAAUUAGAACACGUACCAAACUCUCUGAUAGUUCGAAUUGUUUUAUUAUUCUAAGGAGAAGUCGUUAAUGAGGCUGUGUAGAUGACGGUUUAUGUAUUAAAGACUAAUUAUGCGAAGUAUGAUUUUUGCAAUGCUCACUCUCCCUAUAUCUGCUCUUCAUCUGCGUAGCAUUUUUAAGUUAAUUCAAUAUAGCACUGUUAAACCUUUCCGUAGUUUUGAUCAACUUUUGUGUCAGUUACUAUAGUCAAAAAAAUCUGAACCACGUGACCUGCUUAGGUAGGAAAUUUAAUAGAGGUAAAAUCUUAUUAUUUUAGCACUUAAUAUUAUUUUACUAGUCGAUAUAUCUUAGGGAAAGAAAUAAAUUUCACUUUUUGACAGUUGGAAUAUUUAAACAUUUUUUAUAAAGAUUUUUUGCGUUUUUAGAAAUUCAAUUUAUGUACAUAUAUUACAUGCACUAAGUAUGUAUAUAUUUACACUUUUGUAAGAAAGUAAUAUAAUAAUGAAAUAAAUUAAAUUUUUUUUGGAUGCAACAAAGGUCCAAAUUUGUUUGUAUUAUGUAAUAUAUUUAUAAGGAAUUAAACAUGUAUAUGCUAUUUGUAAUAUAUACCAGUCUAAAUAAUAAUUUGUGA